CCGUUUUCGGCAGCCAUCUUCAAUAUCUACUUGUUCGUUCACCGGUUCUGUGAAAGGUCUCAAGUGAAUGAAAAAUCUAAUUAAUUUUCAAAUUCUCUCUAUUUAGAGAGAUACAUACCCAUUCAAGCGUUACAACCACCACGUAAGUUCCUAUAGGAACUAGAAAGUAAAGGAUGCAGUACAACGGCUUCCAUAAUCAACAUCCUAUAUUCAGACCUCGAACAGACCGGAAUGAACAAUUCGCUAAAGUCCCAUUUAUUAAUGGGAUUCAUGAUUUUGGAGGACCAAAGAAUUUUGGUCCCAGAAACAAUAUGGGCAACAAAAACAAUUUUCGCCCCAGAACAGAAUUUAAUGGUGUAAGAAACGAUUUUAACAAUCAAAGGAAUGACCAUGGCAACCAAGGUGACUUUGGCGGACCCAAAGAAUUCAGGCCUAGAAACAACUUCAACAAUCACUCACAAAAGAAGAAUGAUAAUGAUGGUGACAAACAGCAAAGGGGAGGCAGCAUUCAAUUUUUUAAUGCUAAUAAGGGUGAUUUUGGAGGUCCUAAACAACAAAAUUUUCAUAAUAACAAAAAUAACUUUGGAGGGAAAACUUUCAGUAACCAAAAUGGACAACAAGCAAACAACACCCAGCAAAACUUUGUUCCAAAAAAGCAAUUUAAUAAUAAUGAAAGACAACAAUCUGGUGAUUUCAAAGGCCGUAAAUUGCAGAGUCAGAAAGCUAAGCACCCUGGGGACAGUUUGGUAAAGCCGAUAUGGGAUAUGGCAAAUCUUGAACCCAUUCAAAAGGAUUUCUAUAAACCACAUCCUAAUGUUGAUGCACGAUCUGAUGAAGAAGUACAGCUAUUCCGUGCUGCUAAGGAGAUUACUGUGAGUGGCAAUAAUAUUCCUCGCCCCAAUCAAAUGUUUGACGAAGGCAAUUUUCCUGAUCAUGUCAUGAAUACUAUCAAAGAGCAGGGUUGGUCAGAACCUACUGGUAUUCAGGCUCAGGGAUGGCCAAUAGCUUUAUCUGGCCGAGAUAUGGUUGGAAUUGCUUCUACAGGAUCUGGCAAAACACUUGCAUACAUGCUUCCAGCUGCUGUUCAUAUUAUGCAUCAACAGCGCAUUCAAAGGGGUGAUGGCCCUGUUGCCCUCAUCCUUGCUCCGACCAGGGAGUUGGCUCAGCAAAUACAAUCGGUAGCUCAGGCAUACAGUGCACGCGGAUGUAUCAGGAAUACAUGCCUGUUUGGAGGCUCUCCAAAAGGUCCCCAGGCCAGAGAUUUGGAGCGUGGUGUAGAGAUAGUGAUUGCAACACCUGGACGUUUAAUUGAUUUCUUAGAACGUGGUACCACUAACUUACGUCGCUGCACAUAUUUGGUCUUAGAUGAGGCUGACCGAAUGUUGGAUAUGGGAUUUGAGCCCCAGAUUCGUAAGAUCAUUGAACAAAUACGCCCAGACCGACAGGUAUUGAUGUGGUCUGCCACUUGGCCAAAAGAGAUCCAGGCAUUGGCUGAAGACUUCCUCAAUGACUAUGUUAAGGUUAACAUUGGGUCAUUAAAUUUGUCUGCUAACAACAAUAUCAAACAAAUAGUUGAAGUUUGUGAAGAACAUGAAAAGGAAAUGAAGCUUACCAAUUUACUGAAAGAGAUAGCUUCUGAACGCGAUAAUAAAGUUAUUGUUUUUGUGGAAACAAAAAAGAAGGUGGAUGAUAUUGCACGGGCUGUACGUCGCAAUGGUCAUAAGGCUUUGGCUAUUCAUGGAGAUAAGUCACAACCCGAACGUGACGCUGUAUUAACUGAAUUUAGAAAUGGUGCAACUACCAUUCUAAUUGCUACUGAUGUGGCUGCUCGUGGUCUUGAUGUAGAAGACGUAAAAUUUGUUGUCAACUUUGAUUAUCCAAAUUCUUCAGAAGAUUAUAUUCACAGGAUUGGUCGUACUGGCCGCUGCCAACAGUCUGGUACAGCAUACACAUUCUUCACCAGUGGCGAUUCUCGCCAGUCCCGUGCUCUUGUUGCCGUGUUACGUGAAACCGGGCAGAAUCCGCCAAACAGACUAAAUGAGAUGGCAAGGAAUAAUAACAACAACACUGGCCGUAAUCGCUGGCAACAACGUAAAGAAAACAACAGUGGCUCCAGCUCUCCACGUCAGCAAAAUAAUAAUCAGUGGAACAACAAAAUGGCUACAGCGACCAAUGAAGACAAUAAUCAGAACAUUUAUCAAAACCGUAAUAUAAAUCAGCAACCACCGCGUUUCUCUAAUCAAAAUCAAAUGACUCAUCAGGGUUUCAGGCAAAAUAACUAUCAGAAACCAGUACCUUUCCCAAGCCCAAAUGUAUUUGAAUCUAUGGGUAAUUAUCAAGGUGGAUACAACAAUGGAUAUCAGAAUGGAUACAAUAACCAGAAUGGAUAUAACCAGCGCCCCUACAACAAUGCCCGUAAUGGUGCCCAGCAAUACCGUAAUAAUAACACCAGCAACAAGUCGGCAGGAUCAGGGUCGACCUACGGUUCGCCUCCGCCUCAUUUCGCCACUCCACAACAUUAUACAGCAAUGCAUACUCAUCAGGAAAUGCUUGGCGGCAAGUUCUAUGGUGGCGGCGUGGGCGGCGGUGGUCCGUGCGGCUACCAGGCGGGGAUGGGGGCCAGCGUUCCGUACGCGCACAUGGCUCCGGGACCUCUGCUGUAUGCCGCACCCGUGCAGCAGUAAUUUCAGCAUCGACCACAUUUUCCGUACGAUACUAAAUUGGCCUCAAUCCGUGUCGCUAAGCUUUAUCGUAAUUAUUAGUGAUAAAUUUUUCUCUCUGUACCUCACGAGGAAGUUGAUUUUUAUGUUUAAAUUCUUCAAUAGUUGGUGUUUUAAUGUCAUUAUGCUUAAAAAUUAUCCUUACACCAACAAGAUUAAUGUUGAGGCCUGUUUUUCUUAUGAGCACUUUUUUUUAUUUUGAUUAGAAUAUUUCAUUGUAGAUCUGAAUGAAGACUUCAAAAUAAUUUGUCGUUAAUAAUAAAGUAUAUUGACGAAUUCUAUUUUUUACUUGCAGAAUUGAUUUUGUAUCGUCAAUGAAUCCGAUAAACAAAUGUUUAAUGCAUAACUCUGUGAAUUCUCUUCAGAUCCUUUUAAAUUAACAAAUGUAAUAAGUGUGUUAGAUUUAUAAGAUGAUGUAUUCUUUGUUGGGUCGAUUUCGCUUCUAGCCGUUCUAUACAUUAUAAAAUAUAUAAAAGCAUAAUGUAUCUAGUAAUAACAGUAAACCUAAGAAUUGCUGGGAUAAAUACUAUAUUGAUACAGACGAAAUGACCAAUAUAGAAUACAAGAAAAUUAUUACAAUAAUAUUAUGGUGGAACAACAACUGUAGUUCUGCUUUUAGCUUUUAAUCAUUAUAUUUGUUAGAGUAGUUGGUGUGGGUACCCUCUUGUGUAAUCCUGGGUGCCUUUCGUUUUUUUUAAAUGUCUGUAUGAUGUACGAAAUGCACGAAACAUGUAGAAGAUGAGUGAAAUUAUAUGGGGAGGGUUUUGAAAUACAGAAAUGUUAUCUGACAUAUUUUAUAUAAAUUAUUUUUUAUUGUUAAUGAUUGAUCUUAUCCAGUGUAAGAGUGGGACAACGUAGACUUAGAGAAAUUAUUAAUACUUAAAACGCAUUAAAUAAAAAUGCUUCUUGAUAUAUAUAUGUAUAUAUAUAUAAAUACACCAUAAUAACAAUCUGUAUUGCCAGAUAAAUAUGUGAAUAUUUUUCUUAUGUAAAGUGAUGUCAAUGACAUUUCAAGUCACUGAUUUCGAGGUUAUUUUUUUAUUAAAAAUUAGAUCUUGAUAUACUUGAAUAUUUAUGUCUAGGAGUAUUAGUCUAUGUCUAUUGGACUUGGACAACAGUUGUACUUUAACAUGUUCAAACUUAUUUACCAUACUCAAAAAUGUAGAAGAUUGUAAAUACAUGCAUUUAUCUUAGGUCGAUUAGUAUUUUGAAUGCGAUGAAUAUAAUCUAACAGCGUUUACUUUAUUUUUAGCAAAAUAAGGUAUUCUUCAUAUUGUGUUUUUGAUUAUUUUUUUAUAGGAUGGUCGUUUCAGAUAUUUGAACUAUUUUCUUUGUACGUAAACGGGUUCUAAGGGGUAAGGAUAGGAAUGAAUAGGUACAAAUUAUAUCUACUGAAACACAUUUUAUAUUAUCUAGAUUCCCGUUACUGUCCAAAGAUUUGGAAAAAUCUGUGAUAUUUCAUUACUGUAACCUAUCGUUGCGUUGGUCAAUUGUUGAUACAUAAGGACACUUCCCGUGGAGUGUUACUAGACAAAAAUAUAUUUUUUGACUAUAUGAAAGAAUUUCAUGAAUGUUUGUGACUACAAAAGUUCGCAAGUCAUUCACAGAUAUAAUAUAUAAUAAUUGAUAGAUGUAAGAUUUAAUAAUUUAUUGUUAUUCAAUUUAGUUUUCAGUUAACUGAUAGGUGACGAAAUUGAACCAGUUCAAAGGGACGUAAACGUUAUUAUCUAUAUAAGUAACCCGUACAAGUGGUACAUCUUGAAGAUAUUAUGGUGUAUAGUCAAAACGGGAGUCGAACCGAUUAAAGGGGUGAAACAACGUGUUGUGAAUCUCGUGUUUGUAACUGAUUGGAAUGCGAGAUUUGCUUUAUUUAUGUACAUUAUAAGAGAAAGACUGCCAUGAAGGGAUUUGUAUAUGUGCAUAAAUUCAUCUCGAAGAUGAUUUCCUAUAUACUAGCCUGUGUGCGGACCUGUGCCGUUUGUGGUGAAGAUGGUUUGCGGUCUAAAAUGUGUGUGUGACGUCAGAGGACGUACCAGGCUAUGUAGUUGUGUGCGUAUUAGAUUGGCCAGUGUGUGUUGUGUCCGGUCUGGUCGCGGAUAGCAGGUAGCUCCUGUAUUAUUAUGUACAAAGUACUGCACCCACCUCUACUAAAACAACUGUGAUAAUAACACUAAGUAGCUUAGCAGGCGAUUUAUUAUACUAGUUACGUCCAAGAGAAGGGAUGACAUCAUAUCUGACAUACUGUAUUGUGAUAAUAUAUCAGGCGUGACCUCUUGUCGUUACGUUUUAACUUAAAGUUUUCUCUAAACAAGACUGAUUAUUUCUUAUUGAUAAAUAUUUUAUACAUGUUCCACUUUGACUGAAUGAAUUAAGAUGUCUGUAUAUUGGUAGUAUUCUUGUCUCAUCGCUGUGUGUUCUCAAAAAUUGAGUAUUCACUAUGUUGGAUAUGUGUCAAAACGCCUUUCUAUGCGGUCACCAAAUUGAUGAGGGUCUUUUAUGUUUAAUUUGUACAAUAAUUUCUACUUUCCUUUGUGAUGGAAAAUGUUGUUGACAAUUAUGUGGCAGCGCCAGUUGAACACUACCUUAUAAAGAGUAUAUUAUAAUUUGUUGUUUAUUUGCAAAAUUUUAUUUAUUCAAGCAGUAGGUAACUCAUAGGCAAUCGUACUUUCGUGCUUUACUAUUUAAGAGUUUAUUUUCAAAAAUGAAAAAUGGUCGUGAAAAAUAUACAUAGAAUUUUAAGUAUGUGGCAAUGCAGAUCUUCAUUGAUUCUUACUAUGAAUGACAUAGUUUGUAUUUAUUCAAUUUAUAACAUAAAAUGGAGAAAGGCUCCUUAUAAAACUGUCCCAAAGGGAAGUCUUCUGAAUGUUUCUGAGAAGUGCAUUUCUUCUAUGUAAUACAGUAUUAAAUUCAGAUUAAUAAAUGGAUGUAUAAUUAUUA